AUGGAACUUCAUCAUUCUCUCCAUUCACAUAUUAUUGGAAAAGGUGGUCGUGGAAUUCAGAAAAUCAUGAAAAACACAAAUUGCCAUAUCCAUUUCCCAGAUUCGAAUAAAUAUUCCGAAUCACCGAAAAGCGAUCAAGUAUCAAUUUCUGGAACUCCGACGAAUGUGUUUUUGGCGCAUCGACAAUUACGAGCAAUGUGUCCGAUGUCAAUAUUUAUUGAUCUACCUUGGUAUCAUCCAGGGAGCCCGGAUUUUCGACAACUUGGCUCGCAGAUUGAUUUGGUUGUGUUGUCAAUUGAGCAAAAUGUGUAUAGUUUGAUGUUGAAAACGGCAGCCACAAAUGAUGCUAGUGUUCUUUUUGCGAUCAGAUUGGUUCUACAUCAUUUUGCAUUGGUGGGAUAGUUUCUACUUCCCUCAAUUUAAAAUGAAAAUUAUCAUAUUUAUCUUGCAGACUGAAGAACUUAUCUCAAUCCGAUCAACAGUUUCAACAAAAGAUGAUGUUUCUGAAAUCUGCAAUCGAUUGGGUGUCACAUCAAAUAUUGAAGAUGAGCAGAAUAUCACAUUGAUUGGUGCACCUUUGAAUGUUCUAAACUGUCGGAAGGCUAUAAUUGGACUUUCUCCGAUUUCAGUCGCUUUUGAUUGUAAUGUUCUAGAUGUUCAUUAUCCAAUCGAACAAAUUGAUCAAGAUAUUACAAGUAAACGGAAAAAUGGGGAUAUGUUGGUGAGUUAUUAGAUCUCUUUGUAAGUAAAGAAAAUAAUUUUCAGACAAUCACGAUAAAAUCAAUUGAAUCAAAACUUGCUGAAGUUUUGCAAUCGAGAGAACUUUUACUCGCACUUCCACCAACACAAUUUGAAGAUUCGCCAUCUUGUAAGCUUUUUUUUUUGAAAUUUCAAGAAAUAUCCCACUAUUUUCAGCAUCGUUCACAUCGCUUACUUCAAUUCCACAAGAGCCAAAAUCUCCAAAUCCUGAAGAUUCCCCAUUAGCUGCUUCAAUUCUGAAUGGCGCAAAAGAGAUUUGGAAAAUGAAGGAGAAACGAAAACCCGAUCGAUCUGAAAUGUUGAUGAAAGCAACUCACGCGAUUUUUGAUGAUUGUGUCAAAACGACGCCUAGAAAUCCGACUGAUCUUUGGUCGGGUUAUGGCUUCAGUUCGUCACUUCCAGCUGAUUUGUUGAAAGGAAUGAUGGAUUUGUCAACAUCGGAUUAUUCGACACCUCCGCAGCAGAAAAUGCAUGGAUUGUGUAGUGUUCGGGAAGAAGAUGAAUUGUCGAAUUUCAGCGCGUCGUCGACGUUUUUUGAUAGAAAUACUGGAAAUGUUUUUUCAACAUCAACAUCUUGUUUUGAAACAACUACACUGCCUUACGAUCUUCAAUGGGAUAUACAUCAAUAUGCUGAACCUUCGAUGGUUCUAUCCAGAUUAGGAUGUAGCGAAUACAUGACACAACUACGAGAUCAGGAAAUUGAUAUGCACGCAUUUUUAUUGCUCGAUGAGCAAAAUCUCAAAGACAUUGGGAUUUCGACAAUUGGAGCGCGCAAAAAAAUCUACAACGCGAUUUUGAGUAAGAUUUUUUUUUCUUUCCCAUGAAAACUAACAAUUAAAAAAAACAAUAAAAAAACGCAUAAAAUGAAAUUUUCAGAAUUGCGUGAGUCAGCGCGUAUGAAUGGGUCAACGCUAUGA